AUGGAUAUAGCCACUCCUCCCCAGCGACCACCGACUGUCAGUACCUCAAAUCCCGUGUUUCUGGCAUUGGAAUCUUCUUGUGACCUCUCGUCGCCAGUCUCCUUAUCAAAAGACGGGGAUAAUAAUGUGACGUCUUGUUCAACCCCACCGCCACUAUCAAAAUUGACGGCAAAUAUAAAGCAUCAGGGAUCAAUUGGUACCCAGAAUCUAAGGUCUACAAAUGAAUCAAUUGGAUCGAGGCCCCCUCAGUAUCGAAAUAAUUGCGCGUUACUUCUUUCAUUUGGCGGCAAUCCUGCUCAGAAAACGACACCCUCUCUCAAUGGCGCUUCCUCUGUAUCGCCCGUCAGACCUUCAUUGAACCACUUUAAUACUACGGACGGUAAUACAGAGCCUCUAUCGCUCAAGUACCUUCAUAAACAGCGCUAUUCCGACCUCGAUAAGAACCCAUUUCUAAUUUCCCAAGCACGGCGCAACCAGGCAGAUAGCAACACUCAGCACAACAAGGUUGCUUCAUCCCCUACUUCUGAUACAGGGCUGCUGGGUAGUGGGCUGCCACACAAAGAUCCCUUAGCUAAUAAAUUCUCUUUCGAUAAAAGUCUGAAGGCCCUAGAUUUUAUUAAUGGUGGUCAAAUUUCACCUGGUGCGAUUUUUUCGCAACAACCGGCUUCCCCCACCCAGAAUGUCAGUACUAAUACAACCGCCCCCGCGCUUGGAAGCUCUUUUGACAACAGCAUCUCCGAGUUCCCUCCUCUAAUCAGAAAAAAGUCCGGUGAGAUUGUUAAAUCAUCUUUAAAAUUGAGCUCUCUUGGUUAUUCUGGAAAUUCCUAUGGCCGCUCUGCUCUGAGCUUACCAUCAACUCCUACAUAUAAAGCAGUUCAUUUUAACAAUAAAUCUUUUGCCGAUAUUAAGUAUUUCCGAGAAAGGGAUUCUCCAACAGCAAUUAGUGCUGAAAACUCCCCAAAUGUGCGUCCAAGAAGUGGGUCUCAUGGAAUUAAGCAGAGCCCAAAAUAUCGAUGGUUGAUUGGUGAUAGUGACGAUGAUGAUGAUAGUGACAGUGAUAUACAUCAGUCAAGUGCUACAGAUGAUGAUGAUGAUGAUGAAAUUGAUCCAGGUCUUGAUUGGGAAAUUAACCCAAUAAACUUCAGGGGUCUGGUGGAUUAUGAGCGUAAAUUUGCUACUGAUCCUCCAGUAUUUCUCGAAAGAUUCUUUCUUAGUACCGACAAGAGGCUAUUGAAAGGACAAAUAGCCACAAAGAAUAUUGCCUUUCAAAAAAAGGUGGCAAUAAAGUACUCAUUAAAUGAUUGGAAGAUUGUCUCUGAAGUUGAAGCUGCUUAUGUUCCCGAUAUUCCCAGAAUUUUAAAGAAAAGAAUGUACGACCGGUUUCUUUUCCAAAUACCUUUAGUCACGCUCAUGGAAGAUAAAAAUCUGCUAGAUCAUGUUGAUUUUGUUGCAUGUAUAAAGUAUGAGACUAAUGGAGAAACAUUUUGGGACAAUAACGAGGGCAAGAAUUAUCAGCUUUAUCUCAAAAGCGACAAAGAUAAAAAAUCCCAAGAUGAAAAUUCGUCCACUAGUACAUAUUCUGCUAAAUAUUUGGCCCAAAAGAAACGAACUAGUAGCACGGGCCUUCUGGAUGGGUCUUCUCUAGAUUAUGUGGAUCCACUAACCGACACCGAUGAUUUUGAUACUAGCACCAUCAAUAAUAAUUACGACUAUGAUGAUCAUAGAUUAUAUAACCAGUAUUCGGAAUCUCUGGAUAGUUAUUUCCCACCUUUUCAGUCCUCUCCAUCAACGCCAAACUUUAAAUAUCAUUCCGAUUUUGACAAAUCGGAAAGCGAAAUGCCUAACUUUAGCAAAUUAGGUGAAGCUUUGGUUAAUUUCAAAAGUGCUGUAAAUGAUACCAGUGCUAGUGAGAAAAGUUCAGUUAACGAUGAAAAUAAUAAUGCCAAAUUCCAAGGUUAUUCUUUGUUCAAUAAUAAAUUCAACGAUAAUUUCACAUCAAUGAAAAGGAAAGAUAACAUUUUAAAAGAAAAUAACUUGGCUCACGGUUUCGAUAAAAACAUUUCUGAGCAAGCUAAAAAUGGUAAUACUGUCACUAUUUCUAACAAUAAUAUGAAUAAAGUUAAUCGUACUGAGUCGCAACGCCAAUUCGAAAUCCAGAAAGUUGGAAGUGAAAGGCCAUCUUUUGAUUCAAAGUCCUAUAAGGAGCUUGUUGAAAAUUAUUGCUUCUUCCAAGGGUGA